AUGCGUGGCUUACUAGUCGCCCUCGUGGCCAUUCAGUGCGCCCAGGUCCUCGGCCAUCCUCAUGCCGCAAACACAUCUAUUCCGGCAAAGGCUACAGUCACUCUGAGCCCGGUGCCAGUUGAGGCAGGCGAGAUUGUUAGAACCCGGGAGAAACGUGGAUAUGGUGAAAUCCUGUUGGCCAGAGCCACCACCGACACCACCGACUCAUCGACAUCCACAACGGAGAGCACAACAUCGACGACAAGCACAUCCGACACCACGACCACAAGCGCAUCAACCUCUACUACAACCUCGUCGACAUCCUCCACCUCGACAACAACCACAUCCUCGACUACCAGUUCGUCCACCACUUCUACCAGUUCCACUACUUCCAGCACCUCGACAACGAGCAGCUCAACGACCAGCACAUCCUCAACGAGCAGCACCUCCUCCACCACAACAAGCACUGCAACUGCAACUAGUACCGAAAGUGCCGCAUUAAAAGAGUGGAAUCAUCGGGGAAAUAUUGCUGCCAUCGUGUUUGGCUGCUGUCUCAUCUCGCUCUUCUCGGGCCUCAGCAUUCUCCACUGUGCACGCAACAGGGCCAAGUCACGACGCAUUGCCGCACGAGAGCUGUUGGAAUCCAGUGCCUCCACCGCGGCCCUUUUGCCGACAACCAUGAAAGGAAGAUCGACUCCGGAGGCUGACAGUGUUCGAUCCUCGAUGAUGUUCACCAACCAGCCACAGGCAGGGUACUUCCCUUCGACACAGAGUGUCCGUUCGGCGUCCAACCAUCACAGUCACACCCAUUCCACCGCGUCGCAGCUGACUGCGGAACAAGCAUCUACCGGGGAGCCAUCCUCGCGACCGCAGACCAGGGACGCGAAUACGCCUUUGGUUUGA